AUGUGUACAAGAAAACUAAUAAAUCACAUUCCAAUUACUUUUGCUGUAACAUUUUGUCCACCCAAACACAAAAUUACGCCAUUACAGUAUGAAAACUUCUUUAAUGACUUAGGUCACUAUUUUAUAGUCGGUGGUGACCUAAAUGCCAAAAACCAACCCCGGGGCUGCCACACGUCCAACCCAAAAAGACUUACUUUAAUCCAAAUAGUUAACCGAAAAAAUUAUUCCAUAUUAGCUCCUCCCGACCCAACUUACUGGCCAACGUCUAAAAAUAAACGCCCAGAUAUCUUAGAUAUAUUUAUAGUUAAUAUCCCUACUAACAUACAAAAUGUCAUAAAUAAUUGUUUAGAACUAUGCUCAGACCAUACUUCAGUCCUAUCUCUGGAUGCUCAACCCCCCCUCCGGCCCCGGAAAGCUUGCCUUACGGAUGGUACCACGGACUGGAAUAAAUUCCGUGAAAUAAUUGAACAAAACAUCAACCUAAAAACCCGACUAAAGUGCCCAAACGAACUAGAAAACGCUGUUCAACAUUUUACAAAUAUAAUCCAAACAGCUGCUUGGAGUUCCACUAUUAGAAAACCGUGA